AUGGCUUUACAUUUCAAUAAUAAUGAUGAAGCAGAUCUUGAAAUACAGAAGAUAACUAGUGAGUUACAGCGUCUAGAGAGAGAAAAACAAGACGCCAAGGAUGAAUUACGAGCGAUCGAAGCACGUAUCGAAGAACUUAAGCAAGCAUCAAAAGAUCACGAAGCAGAAAUUCGUCGAUUGGAUGAACAAAUUAAGCAACUCAAUAAUGAACUAGAAAGACUUGAACAAGAACUCGAAGAUUUACGAGAUGAACAAACUCGUUUAGAACAACAACGCCGUCAACAACAAUUGGAACAUGAUCGCCUUCAGGACAAACUCUAUCAAGAAACAGAACGUCUUCGAAAACUCCAAGAACAACUCAAAGAACUCGAAGAUCAGAAACGUGAAUUAGAAGAACAACGUACACAACUUGAACAACGUCGACAACAACUUGAGCAAGAGAUACAUCGAAUCGAAGCACAAAUUACUCAACUUGAACAACAACUACAGGAAUUACAGAAUCGUCUUGAACAAUUAACUCAAGAAAUACGAUUACUCGAAGCAGAAAUAGAUCGUCUUGAAGAGGAAAUCAAAGAAUUACAAAACCGAAUUGAGACAUUUGAACGACAAAAAGAACAAUUUCAACAACGUAUUCAUGAAAAUGAGAUGAAACUUGAUGCCAAUGAAGCUGAACAAAAAAAAAUCGAAGAUAUGAAACAACGCAUAGCUCAUUUGAUCAAUUUAAAAAAAAAUCAUAUUGCAGAGUUACGAAAGGAACAAGCAAAAUUGGAAGCAGAAAAACGUGAAGCACAACAAAACAUAAAUCGUGCUAAAGCAGAAUUGCAGGCUGCUCAAAAUCGAAUGAAUCAAUUUCAAGCUGUAGUUAAUCGGCUUCGACAAGAGUUGGCUACACUUUUAAAAGAGAUACAGACGACAGGUAGAGAAAUUCAACAGCUGGAUGGAGAGAAGAAUAAAUUACAAGGUCAACUGCAGACGCAGACGAAAGAACGUGCUGAUGUCGAUAAAAAAAGACAGGAUACAAAUGCAAAACUCGAUGGAAAAAAGAGCGAAUUUCAAAAAGCCGAACAACAACGAGAUAAACUUCAACAAAAUGUGACACGUCUAGAAAAUGAACUCAAAACUUUAAGUGAAAAUCUUCGCUCUCUGAUCGAUCAACGUGAUAAGUGUGCUGAACAGCUCGAACGUGAGCGCGAAAAACAAAACAAACUUGAACAAGAAUUAAAAACAGAAGAAGACAAACAAAGACAAGCCGAACAAGCUCAUCAAAGGCAAGAACAACAAGUGAGAAACGAUGAAACGACCUUACGACAAGCAGAGAGUAAAGAAACAGCAGCGCGUACGGCUGAACAACAAGCACAAGUUGAAUUAACAACAGCCCAAAUCAAUUUGGCAGCUGCUCAAGCAGAGUUGGCUAGUGCAACAGCAGCAGCAGCUGCUACUGCAACUGUUCCAGGAGCUUCUGUUGCAGCGGCAGCCAGAGUAACAGCAGCUCAAGCAAAAGUGACUGCUUGCCAAACACAAAUGGCGCAGCGCACAGCUUAUCAUAAACUGAAAGUAGGUGAACAUACAGCAGCUCGUGCACAUACCACAAAAUGCCGGGCCACUCUACAACAAGCUCGUGUAACACUUCAGCAACGGAAAAGUGAGCUCGAAACUCAGAAACAACGAGUCAGUACCAAAAAAGGAGAGCUUGAGAAACAAAAGACAGUAGUGACAGCGACAAAAGAGAAACUCGAAAAAUUGAAACAAGAUUGCACGAAAGCAGAACAGAAGGUCAAAGAGAAAGAGACAGCAGUUAAAAAUGAAAAGUCUCAACUUGAAAAACAAAAAAAAACAUGCGAAACAUUGAAGGCUGAGAUCAAUCAACUUGAUACAGCAGUCAAGAAUUUAGUUCAACGUGUUCAAAACCUCGAUCAACAAAUAAAGAAAUCACAAGAUGCAUUGACACAAAAUGAAACUCAAUUAAAAGGCAAGCAAUCUCAGCUCAAUCAACAAAAAAGUCAAGAAACAGCAAAAACACGUGAACGUGAUACAAAUAUAGCUGCAGUGGACAAAGAAGCAGCAUUAAUACGAGAAAAACAAAUGGAAGUCAUGCGCAUUGACAAUCACUUACAAAAUGUUCAAACGAAUCUUGAUAUCCUGAACAAGUCAGUACCCGAACUUGAGAAAGACUUAGCUGAUCAGGAUCAAAAGUUGAAAGAAGUACAAAAAGCAAUGCAAAAACUCGAAGCCGAACAUUCCAAACUUGAAUCUCACUUGACCGAACUUGACCGUGAGAAACAACAGGCAGAAAGAGAAAUCAAAACACUAACGCGUGAUAUUGAAAGGCAACGUGUAAACUUGAAUGAAAAACAACUUGCAAAAGGCUCUCUUCAAGCAGAAGUAAAUAGGAAAAAGUCAGAUUUAGCAGCAAAACAAUCGCAAAAACUAGCACGUGAAGCUCAAUUACAUGCUGUUGAAGAUCAACAGCUAGCUAAUAGGCAAGCAAUUAAAAAUGUUGAAAACCAAAUGAAUGAUAUGGAUCGACAGAUACAACGACAGACAACUUUACAACAGGAAACAAAACGUCUUUGUGACCAAGCUGAAGCACAACUACGUAAUACAGAACGUGAUCUUGACCGAAUUACUCGACAGCUGAAUGAUAAACAAAAUAUUUAUGAUAAAAGAAAAAGAGUUGCAGACAAUUUGAAUACUCAAGUAGAGCAUCGACGAACAUCACAAGUAGCUGUUGAUCAGGAACUGUCGCAAUUAUCAUCUACGCUUCAGUCUCGCCGAACAAAAAUAGCUCGAACACAACUAUUACAGGUGACAACUGGAAUUCUUUAUCAAAUGAAUAUUGAACCAAGAGAAUCUAAUACUCAUGUAAAAUAUGUCAUUGACAGAAAUUUUAAUCUACUUACAUCAACAGCAACACGUGAUGAUCACAGUCAAUUAUGGUGUUUAAUUCCGGUGACAGUUACUACUGACAACAGUACGGAUGUGACGCACGUUGGAUAUCGAAUUAAAAACGCUCAAACAGGCAAAGUUAUUACAUGUGAUGGAAUGUGUUGCUUAUUGAAUGGUGCAUUGAUGUCACUUCAAUCUGAUGAUCCCUUGGGAUAUACGAAUCCAAAACGCCUUUGGACAUUGACCUCGGUUACUACAUCAAAAGAGAAAUUUGUACUAUGCAAUCAAUAUACUCAACAUCGGCUUUCAUUGGGACCUAUAAUUGGUUCUCGGCUAUUAUCACCCUAUAUUCGAUGUUCGAAAGCUACCGGUGAUUUCAUUUCGUUUUCAAUGCCAUCCGUCACCUUUAACGGUGAAAUAUUGAAGAUGGAGUUUGAUCAACCAUUACCACAGUUAUUAGCGAAAUCGACUGAAAAUAUUUUAAUUUCAUCUCACAUUAUUCGAAAUCAAACUUUGAAUUCAACACAUACUGAAAGCAUAACACAUAGUAUUACACGUACUAAUUCAUUUACUUAUUCAUUCAAGGAAUCAUUAAAAUAUUUAUCGGGACUUUCAUUCAAGGCUGAAAUUCCUUUUAUUUCAACUAAUAGUGGAAGUACGAUUGAUAUGAAAUCAGAAUUAGGAGGUGAAUCACAACAACAAUGGACACAAACAAGACAAGAGACAUAUUCGAUUUCAAAAACUAUUACUGUACCACCCAAUGAAUGUAUAGAAGUGAAAUCAUUUGUUCAAUGGAUUGAAAAUAUAUCGAUUCCAUUUAAAGCAAAGAUAAAAGUUUCUGGACGAUGCCAUCGACUCAGGUCAGAUGAUGGACAAAUUAUAGAAAACCAACCAAUGAAUAGAGAUUUGAUAGAACAAUAUUUAAAAAUGAAUUCGUUUCAAGGACAAAUUCUUUCAUACGCAGAAGACAACGUUCUUAUGGCUGAAUUAGCGGGUGUGUUCACAGGAAGUUAUGGAUUAGGAACGGAUACAGAACUGAAAAAUAUUUGA